CUUUUGAUUACUUGUCAGAGGGUUAUAGGUUGAGCUUCCCCUGUCCUGUAAGGCCACUCAACCAUGUACUAGCUGGAGUAAUUUUUAUUCACAAUGUCUUUACAAAGGCUCAUGCAACAGAGCAGCAAUGGCAAUUUGGUGGACUACUGUGUGGUUCCAGCCUACAGCUCUUACUCCACACUCACAGACAACCUGCAGAUGGAUGAUAAUAGAAGGAUACAAAUACUGGCAGACACGGUGGCUACUCUGCCUCGGGGGCGAAAGCAGCUUGCUUUGACCAGAUCAAGUUCUUUAGGUGAAUUUUCCUGGCCUCAAAGAAAGCUGGUUACUGUGGAAAAGCAGGAUAAUGGCACAUUUGGAUUUGAAAUUCAGACUUACAGGCUUCAGAACCAGAACGCCGGCUCCUCAAACAUGUGCACUCUGAUCUGCAAAAUACAGGAGGACAGUCCAGCUCACUGUGCUGGCCUGCAAACUGGUGAUGUCCUUGCAAAUAUCAAUGGCGUGAGCACAGAAGGCUUUACCCACAAACAAGUGGUUGACCUGAUCAGAUCGUCAGGAAACCUGCUAACGAUAGAGACUCUUAAUGGAACAAUGAUUCUCAGAAGAACAGAACUUGAAGCAAAGCUGCAGGUUUUAAAGCAAACCUUGAAGAAAAAAUGGGUGGAGUUCAGAUCUCUGCAGUUACAGGAACAGCGCCUGCUUCAUGGUGAUGCCGCUAACUGCCCGGGUUUGGAAAACACGGACACGGAUGAGGCGUCCUUGCUGGGCACUCUGCCCGGGCCGGGCGCCCCCCUCACGGACCGCCAUCGAUUGUCCAGCGCGAGCAGCUGUAAGAGCUGGCUGAGCUCGGUGACCAUGGACAGCGAGGACGGCUCCCAGCUCUGCGCCUCGGAGGACUCGAGCCGGGGGCCCCCCAGCCGGCAGACCAGCACGGAUGACGAGUGCUUCGUCCCCAAGGACGGGGACGAGCUUCUGCGGAGGUCCUCCAGGAGGCACCGGAGCGCCAGCACCACCAGCAGUGGGUCCAUGUCUCCUCUGUGGGAGAGCAACGUCUCCAGCCUGUUCGGGACCCUGCCCCGGAAGAGCAGAAGGGGAAGUGUCCGGAAACAACUCUUGAAAUUCAUCCCUGGCCUCCACCGCUCCGUAGAAGAGGAAGAGAGUCGUUUUUGACGGGUCGUGCGCCCUUUUGUGUUAGCGUAUUUCACAAAUAUUUCUAGAGUCUUCUAGAUCAACUCCACCCAGUUCUGUGGGAAAGUGCAGUUGGAUUGGAAAUCUGACGUCCCACGUCACAGCAAUAAGCCACAAGGACCUUUAUUUAAGCUUUUGUACCUCUUUGGUUUUGCUUCUUAAAUCGUUUUUUUUUUUCAACAAGAAAGUUGAAGUUCUAAGCAGACAUUAGGGAAAUUGGACAAUGUUAGAUAAAAUAAAAAUGGUUGUGCCUGCCCAUCCUAAUGCUGCCUAUGAAAGUGAGGAUAAUAUUUAUUUUCUAGGUUAUUCAUAUAAAAAACUCAGAACUGUUUGGACUCAAGUGUGAAGAAGGGUCUGAAAGGUUAUAACUAUUUGGAAUACCUUCCGUAGAUUAAUUGGUAGCUUACAAAACCUUAUGUUUGCUUAAGCUCCGUAGCGUCUGGGGAGACUUUAGGAUAUGCAAUUUUGAAUGUCUGUGUUCCAAUCUCUGAAAGGUUAAAACCAAUGAUGGCCAUCAGCCAUUUCCCACAUCCACAGUGGCAAUAAAGGAAGGAAUUUAAGAUUUAUUGUGAGGGUCUGUGCUUCAUGAGAACCAUGGAAAUAAGUUGGUCUUAGAUGGUGCUGAGGAGAACAAUAAUAGGCCUUUUUAAUAGGUAGUUUAAACAAAAUUGGUGAGAAUCUCAUUCUUCUUACCUGAUUUAAUUUUUGUUCUGCCUGAACAUUGAUGACAAUUCUAAAGGGCUCUCAGACUUACAGCUUUGUGCUUAUUUUUUUUUUUUGCCACAAGCACCUAAUGUCUGAAAACUUAGAGUUUGGAAAAUGAUUUUAUUUCUUUUUUCACAUUACUCCCCACUUUAUAUUAUAUAUUCCAAAUAGUUAUUGCCUUCAGCCCUCUUUUGCUAUUAGUUAUGUUGUUUCAAAUUACUUCAACACUUUAAAUCAUGUUUUUAUUCAAUCUCCAUUAAAGGCCAUGAUUUCUCCAUUCUGGUGAUUGCAGUUGCUCAUUACCUAUAUCCUAGAGUAGAUAACCUGGACUAUGUAAUAAAUAAUCUUUACUGAUUUUAGCUGUGUAUACGUGUGCCACGCACGCGCAUGUGUGUGUGUGAUUCAUAGACGGAGACUGAGUUGACUUUGAUUGGGACUGCUACACUUAAGUAAAUUUUGGAGUAGUCUAAAGAAUAAGUUGUUUUGAGGGGAAAAAAACGUAAAUUUCAUAGAAGGGAGGGUGAGGAAACUUGCAGAGAAGGAAAUAAAAUGUGAAAAGAUCUAUAAUUGGGACUUGUUUUCUGUUAAUUCUUUGGACUUAGAACAUCCAGUGGGCUCCAAGUAAGUUAUUUAAAUUGAAAGGCAGUGAAAAUACCUUUCACAGGAACAAUAACAGUCAUGUCUAUCAUUUAGUGAAUGCCUAGUAGGUUAAAGGUGCUUUACAGGAUAUCCACACUAUAACCCUGUGGGUAGAGGUGGUAGGCGUGUAAGGUAUGAGGUUUAAGGAAGCAGGAACUCAGAGUUCUCACGGUCACACAGUUAGUGGUAGAGCUAUAACUGGAAGCCAGUAUUCCUGGCUCCAGUCUAACCGCUCAGUCUUCCUAGAUAUUGCUUACUCUUUGACUGGUAUUGUGUAGUUUUCACUGCAAAACUUUUUUUUUCCUCAAUAGGAAAAUUUAAAAUACACAAUGGUACAUACUACGAGGAUAGGGAACUUGUCUUUUGGUAAACAGGAAAACAAACACAUAUUUAGAGUGACUUUUUUCUCCUGGCCUCCCCAAGCAAGUUUUCAGAUACAGGCUCAUUAACAACUGCAUGGUUAACAAUGCAUCCGGUAUAAAGCAGGGCUUGCAAACCAGUGAUUCUACUGGUCUUGCUUAUUUCCCAUCAUCGAUUAGAAUGAUCAUGUUAAAACCUGCUUUAUAUUAUUCAGCAUUUCCUGUUAAUCCUGUUUCUACAGACACCAUGUAGAAAAUUCUAAUUCCAGAGUAACUAAUAGGAUGAAAAAUCUUUGCUUAUUUCUAAAUGGUGUGUCAGUUACUUCUGAAUUACUGCUGAAAUGAGGGCGGGGAAGGGACAUGGUGAGUUUUAAUUUAGUCUGCAAUAAGGAGUUAUAGACAAGAGUUAGGUAUAUUGGGGGAAAAAAAGAAAGGCAUUGGUUAACCAAGAUACAGGAAGGAAGGGUAUGUCAUGUUUUAUGUGCUCACAAGCUGUAAGAACGCUAGCUGCUGUUUAGUGGAAAUAGGGUAAAUUUCACACAACAUUGCUUUUUAGACUGAGUCUGACCCCACUGGGGUUUUAAAAGAUUUCAUUUCUCUAUUCUUCUGGCACACAUUGACGCAUUUUGGUGUAAUUUACUGGGAAAAGAAUUGAAAAACGAAGUUUUUUUUUUUUAAACCCAAAGCUAUCAAACAUGCAUAUUUGUGAACUGUGUUGACAAUUUGCUAUGAAAAUGCAUUUUUCUAGAAUGGCACUUGAUAUAACAAAUUUGACUCAAACACAUGGGAGGAUUAUUGUCAUGUGGCCAAAGGAGUCACACCAUGUCAACAGGUUGGAAUUUUAUUUUCUGAAAUUAAUUUUUAUUUAUCGCUUGCUAUUUUGCAAUAUGUCUAUAUCUUAGUUGCAUGCAACAAACAGUAUUAGAAAUCCCAGUAUGAAUUGAAAAAAUAAACUUGGACAUGGUUUGUGUGUGCUGAUCAUUAAAAUGUCGGUAUUGAUGGAUGUAUAAAAUCUAAGUAUAAUAAACAAUGCAAACAACUAUA